AUAAAUAGAUACUGGCUGGAUCCAUAGAGAAUUCACAUUUAACUACAAUUAUACUCUUAAUUGAUCAAAGAUGAAAACUAAAUAUUUUAUCUUUGUGUUCUUUCUUUGUGCAUUAAAUUUGAUCUUUAUUAUGGCAAUGGAGCCACUCAAAGACGUUGAUGUAAUUGAAGACUUCAAAACAAGAAUUGAGGUGAAUGAGAAUGAAUAUUGGGGAAAAGGUGGAAACCAUGGAGACAAAGGAAGAGAGUAUGGUGAUGGAUAUUGGGGAAGUUGGACAGAAGGAGGUUGGGCAGGAGGAUUACCCGAAAAACGAAAAAGCAACAAACCUGGAGGAGAAAGCAAAGGAGAAAACAAAGAACAUUCAAGAGAAGAAAAAGGUGAACCUAUAGGAAGAGAUGGAGGUGGAGAAAAAAAAGAAGCACAUCCAUAAACAUUCAUGAAAACUAGUUACAUGCAUGUGAACAUUCUUAUCCCAUGCAAAAUGUAAAAGACAAGUAGAAACUCUAUCACAUUUCAUGCUUAGUUUUUAAGAGGAUGAACAUCUUUCCCUUAAAUUAAAAUGUAUUUUCCAUGUAUACUUAUAUUGUUCAACUUUUAUUAUCAUAGUUAAAGGGAUGAGAAGUACCACUUUUUCAUGAAAUAACAUUUUGUUCACCUUGAUGCUUUAAUUUCAUAUUUUCU